AUGGAACGUUGUAAUGCGAAAAGUUUAUCCUCUGAAAAGUAUGAAGAUGUCACUGAAACGUCAAAAAAGAAAGAUUUAGGGAAGAAUGUUUUUGAAACCUUGCAGGAUUUAUUUUUAGAAGAAAAGGAAAACAACAAAAGGAAGUAUGAAGAUCUGUCUGAGCAUAUAGAUAAAAUGAAGUCAUAUUUUGAUGAAAAAAUAAACUCCCUUAAGGAUAAUACACAUGAAAAUUUAGAAGAGUUAAAAUAUUAUUUAGAUCAGUUAAAUAAAAACAAUAAAGUCAAUGUAUUAGAAAACAAUACAUUUAUGGAUGAUUUUGAAAUUGUAAAAAAUGAUAUAGUAAAAUUGAAGAAGCAAAAGGAGGAAAGUACAAAUCUCAUAAAAACAAGCAUGAGGACGUAUUUUGAUAAAAUAAAAGCGAUGCUAAGUGUUAUGAAUACAAACAUUGAAAAUGUAAAAGAAGAGUUAGCGAAUUAUAAGGAAAGCAAUCAAAUAAAUAGUAAAAAACAAAACAUUGAAAUUCUGCAAUUGAUAAAUGAAGAAAAUGAAACCUUGAACAAAAAGUUGGAGGCAUCUCUCAACAAUCUAAAUAAUGACAUGCGCGACGUCAAAGAAAACAUCUAUAACUUUAAGGAGUACAUAGAAGGUCAGAUAAGGGACAUAAAGAACGAGGCAUAUAUAAAUAAAAAAGAAAUUGAUGAGAAAAUUAAUGAAAUAUCUAUCAAUCAGAAGAAACUUCUAAACGAUUUUUAUCCUUCUGAAAUAAGAUAG